GUGGAUGCGGGGGGCUCCUGGGAACUGGGUUGGAGCCGAGCUAGCGCUAGCCAGGCGCAAGCGCGCACAGACUGCAGCCACCCGAGGACCACCCCCCGGGCCACCCGGAGACCCCCGCGCAGAAUCGCCCCUGGAUCCCCGGCAGUCGGCGGGAGAUGACGAAGAUGACGAAGAGGAAGACGAGGAGGAGGAAAUCGACGUGGUGACUGUGGAGAAGCGGCGGUCCUCCUCCAACAGCAAGGCCGUCACCACCUUCACCAUCACUGUGCGCCCCAAGAACGCAGCCCUGGGCCCGGGGAGGGCCCCGUCGGGUGAGCUGAUCCUCAAGCGCUGUGUCCCCAUCCACCAGCAGCACAACUACGCCGCCCCCUCUCCCUACGUGGAGAGCGAGGAUGUGCCGCCCCAGAAGAAGAUCAAGAGCGAAGCCUCCCCCCGCCCCCUCAAGAGUGUCAUCCCCCCGAAGGCCAAGAGCUUGAGUCCCCGCAACUCUGACUCGGAGGACAGCGAGCGCCGCCGGAACCACAACAUUCUGGAGCGCCAGCGCCGAAAUGACCUGCGGUCCAGCUUCCUCACGCUCAGGGACCACGUGCCAGAGCUGGUGAAGAACGAGAAGGCUGCCAAGGUGGUCAUUUUGAAAAAGGCCACCGAGUACGUCCACUCCCUUCAGGCUGAGGAGCAUCAGCUUUUGCUGGAGAAGGAGAAGUUGCAGGCGAGGCAGCAGCAGUUGCUAAAGAAAAUCGAACACGCUCGGACUUGCUAAACAUUUCUCGAAAACUGGACAGUCACUCUGCCACUUUGCACAUUUUGAUUUUUUUUUUUUUUUUUUAACAAACAUUGUGUUGACAUUAAGAAUGUUGGUUUACUUUCAAAUCGGUCCCCCCGUCGAGUUUGGAUCUGGGUGGGGAGCAGGACAUGUGGGGGUUCUGCCAGGACCUCGGCAGAGGGCCUGCGUGAUGGGAUGCCAGGUGGCCCUUGCAGUGUCCUCCAUGUCCCCUCCGAGACCGCGGUCGAAGUUCGUGACAGUUGGGAGCCUCUGGGCUGUUGAAGUCACCUUGUUUGUUCCAAGUUUCCAAACAACAGAAAGUCAUUCCUUCUUUUUAAAAAUGGUGCUUAAGUUCCAGCAGAUGUCACAGAAGGGGUUUGCCAUUUGAGACCCCUGGGGAACAUUUCUGUAAAUACCACGGACACACCCGCCUUUUGUAUACGUCCUGGGUAAUGAGAGGUGGCUUUUGCGGCCAGUAUUAGACCGGAAGUUCAUACCUAAGUACUGUAAUACCUCAAUGUUUGAGGAGCAUGUUUUGUAUACAAAUAUAUUGUUAAUCUCUGUUAUGUACUGUACUAAUUCUUACACUGCCUGUAUACUUUAGUAUGAUGCUGAUACAUAACUAAAUUUGAUACUUAUAUUUUCGUAUGAAAAUGAGUUGUGAAAGUUUUGAGUAGAUAUUACUUUAUCACUUUUUGAACUAAGAAACUUUUGUAAAGAAAUUUACUAUAUAUAUAUGCCUUUUUCCUAGCCUGUUUCUUCCUGUUAAUGUAUUUGUUCAUGUUUGGUGCAUAGAACUGGGUAAAUGCAAAGUUCUGUGUUUAAUUUCUUCAAAAUGUAUAUAUUUAGUGCUGCAUCUUAUAGCACUUUGAAAUACCUCAUGUUUAUGAAAAUAAAUAGCAAUU